AGGAAGGACGAGGGAGCAGCGAUCAUCACAGACCUCUCCUUGCACCCCGCAUCUGUGUCUCCAGAAAAAGGCAGCGGCAACAUAACGUUACGAAAGCCCAAAGCCCGCGAGGAGUGGUCUCACGCACGCCCAAAAGUUCGGUUGAAUUUUUUGGUUUUAUUUCUCCUCCAAUUGGGUGCGGCAUUCGCCUGCUUGCUGCCAACGAAGGUGGUGGUGGUGGUGGUAUCAUCGCCUGGAUUUGUUGCGUAUCGACGGAGCCUUCGUCAAGGAGUCCAUGGAGCCAGCUGACAGGUGGAGCGCUUGCAAAGUGGCCCUCGCUGCGUUGCUGCUUCUCUGCGCAGUCGGCACUGGGACAGGCUCGAACAAUGUCUGCAUCAGUGGCCACGCGCACCUGUGUCGAGAAUGCCUCCUGCUGCAUCCGGACUGUGCAUGGUGUGCAAUGAAGGAGUACCCGAGUGGGAACUCGCGGUGCGACCUGCUGGCCAACCUGGUGGAGAACGGAUGCCCACGGGAGUCCUUGGAGAAGUCCUCUAGCCACGUGCGUGUGGAGCAGAGCAAUCCACUCAGCGACACGGGAUCAGGUUCAGCCAAGCAAAUCACGCAGCUCACGCCACAGAAAAUUACCCUCACCAUGAUGACAGGCGCUCCAGCCAAAUUCCAACUCAAAGUUCGUCAGGUGGAGGACUACCCAGUGGACCUCUACUACCUCAUGGACCUCUCCAUGUCGAUGCGCGAUGACCUGGACACCAUCCGCAACCUGGGCACCGACCUCUCUCGAGAAAUGGCCAAGCUGACGAGUAACUUCCGCUUGGGCUUCGGCUCCUUCAUCGACAAGCCUGUGUCACCCUUUGUCCAAAUGUUCACAGACCCCGAGUACGCCAAAAACCCCUGCCAAUUCCGCACCAAGCCACCCUUCAGCUGCCCAUCGACAUAUGGGUACCACCAUGUGCUCCCACUCACCAACGAAGUCAACAAGUUUAACGAGGAGGUGCAGAAGCAGGAGGUGUCCCCCAACAGGGAUGCCCCGGAGGGUGGCAUGGAUGCCAUUUUGCAGGCUACGGUCUGCAAGGAACAAAUCGGCUGGCGGAGGGAGGCCUCCCACCUGCUGGUGUUCACCACGGAUGACCAUUCCCACUUCGCUCUGGACGGUCGGCUGGCUGGAAUCGUCCAGCCCAGCGAUGGACUCUGCCAUCUGGACUCGAGCAAUGUCUACGUAAUGACAGACUCUAUGGAUUACCCAUCAAUUGCCUUGGUUAGUGAGAAGCUGUCAGAGAACAACAUCAACCUGAUUUUUGCCGUGACCAAGGAAUUUAAAGAGAUUUACACGAACUACACUGACUUGAUCCCAGGAACAACGGUGGAGGUUUUGACAGCCAACUCCAACAACAUCAUUCAGCUGAUCGUCAGUUCGUACAAAAGCCUGCGCUCCAAGGUGGAGCUAGAGGUGUGGGAUCAACCAGAGGAGCUGUCGGUCUCCUUCUCCGCCAUCUGCCAGGAUGGAAACCCCCAGCCGGGACAGAAGAAGUGCACUGACCUCAACGUGGGGGACACGGUGAGCUUCGAUAUCACAGUGGAGGCACGCGGAUGCCCGUCGCAGCCGGUGGAGAGGACGCUGAAGAUAAAGCCCGUGGGUUUCAAGGAUGCUCUGGAAGUUCGCGUGCUGCUGAGCUGCGGCUGCGCGUGUGAGAAAAGCGCGACGUCCAACAGCACGGAGUGCAAUGAGCAAGGGAAGUCCGAGUGCGGCGUGUGCCUCUGCCAGGAGGGCCGCUUGGGUUCCACGUGCGAGUGCAGCGCAGAAGGGCCCGUGGACGGCUCGAGCGGUGGCAGCGUGAACGCAACCGGGGGUGACAGCGGCCUCCUCUCGUGUGGCCCCUUGCUGCCAAACCAGCCCGUGUGCGGAGGCCGUGGAGAAUGCGUGUGCGGCGUUUGCGUUUGCUACGCGAGCGAGUACGGGAAGAUUUACGGCAAGCAGUGCGAAUGCGACAGUUUCUCUUGCGGACGCCACCGAGAUCAGCUUUGUGGAGGCCAUGGGGACUGCAACUGUGGUGAGUGCCGCUGCCACGUGGACUGGUCGGGCGACCUCUGCAACUGCACGACGCGCAUGGACACGUGCGAGUCGUCGGACGGGCUCCUGUGCAGCGGACGCGGCGACUGUACGUGCGGACGCUGCGUGUGCACCACGGCCGGCAGCUCGGGCGACACGUGCGAGCGCUGCCUCACCUGCACCGACGUGUGCACGACCCGCAGGCCAUGUGUGGAGUGCAAGAUCUACAAAGUUGGAAAGUAUGCAAAUGAGACGGACUGCUUCAAAUUCUGCAAGAUUCCCAUCACGUCAGUCGACACUCUGGGCAACGACAGUUCAGCUAUAUCGUGCAGCUACAAGGAUGAAAAUGACUGCGACGUACAAUUCACCUACAUGGAAGACACCUUUGGAAAGUCAUCCAUUGCUGUCUUAAACCAUUUAGUGUGUCCCGCGGGGCCCAACAUGCUGGCGGUUAUUCUGGGGGUGACCGCCGGCAUCCUGCUGAUCGGGCUGGCCAUGCUGCUUAUCUGGAAGUUGCUCAUCAGCAUGCACGACCGUCGCGAGUUUGCGCGCUUCGAGGAGGAGAAGCUGCACGCGCGCUGGGACUCGGGACAAAACCCGCUGUACAAGAACACCGUCACGACAUUCAAGAACGUGGCAUACAAGGGAACGGGCGCAGAAUGAGGAAUUUCAAUACAGAAAAAUAACGGCAACAAUUUUUUAUUUGAUUUUAACAACGAAUUCACCGGUUCCCAUUGUGAUGGUCAGGAUUUAAUUGACAUACAAAUUCAUGUUUUGUGCAAGCUGGACAAGGUGUAUUUUUUAAGUGCUGUAGUAGUCUGGGUAAUUUUCUCUAAAUUCAAUUAUUAAAGCAGCUAAUACAUGACCACAACGUGAAAUACUGUAUCGUAUUCCUAUGCAUGAGUAAUAUAUUAUUUUGGGAGUUACAAAACAGCAGCUAAAUCUCCCGAGGCAAAUAAUGCAUAGUCCGUCCUAGUCUAUUGUGUUAUUAUUCAUGAAAAUGUCACCUGUAAUCUCUUUAAAAGAGCACCAUGGUGCCGAAAGAGCCCCUUUUACACAAGCAGUUUUAUUCCCUUUAGACCCAACAUUGAAGUACAAUAGAAAUGUAAUGGGGUACUGAGAAAGCCAGUCGGCUUAAAGUGAACGUGCUGUAUUGCCAUUUCACACAAAAAGAUGUUCAUAUAUAAACUGUAAUUCUCAUGCCCCACUCCAGAUGUUCACAAUAAGUGCUCUGAAAAUAUUGGUAUGCACUCAGCCAUAAAUCAAUCACCGCAAUUCACCAUUCCAAUAGUAUGGUGCACAUGGAGUGUGAGAAUAGCGCUGCCUUUCGCCAUCACUCAAACAUUCAUGCCUUCCACACACGGGAGCUGAUAACAGGCCUGCUCACUGCUUUAGACUCUCCUUUCCAUCACCAUCCCCUUUGUGAGCUGAGCAGAGAUGGUUUUUUUCUGUUAUUGAGUCCAAUGUCAGUUACAUCACUGUGCACAUGUACGGGAACAAAAUGCCUCGCUUUUGCCAAUAUAUUUGAACUUAAAUGAGCAGGAUAUGCAACUUUAAUUUUCGAUUUUUUUAUGAAAUUCUGAUAUGUUUAACAAUAUUAUGUUGCUGUACAUGCAUAUGGUACGGAAUUUUCAGAAUGCAGAAUUGCAGAUGCUUGUGCUGAGCCAUUUUAUACCUUAAAUGUUACCCACAGUAUAAAUCCUGUAAUAAAAUGCAGUCCAGUUAGCCUGCAUGCUCCUUCAAUUCGACUUUUCCUGGUCAUAAUCAUUGUUAGCCUUGAGAUAUGCACUGCUGGAUGAAGGCCUCCCCACAUCAGAACCAUCGCUCAUCAUCUUGUAGACCUAUAAUCCAUCUUGCCCUGCACAUCGGCUGAUCUCAUCGCUCGUUCUCUAUAACAGUUGUCUUCUUGGGCAUGUCUCCUCUGGCUGUCAUUCCCGUCACCAGUCUCAUCCAGCUAGGCAUAAUGGCAUUUGAUAUUCAAUUGUUUUUUUUCUCUUAUAGAAUUUAGUUGAUUGAAUAUUUGUGGUCCAUGGUACGAAAACCUUUUCUAAAUACAGCUUGCAGGUGUGGUUGGUUAGUCUCAUAAUAUGUUCUUAUUUGUUUUCCUAUGGUCUACAUGAACACAUUAUAUUCGUGUGAUAGGAGGCUAAUGGAUUUGUUAUUCUUCAAAUCAGUUUUGUCUCCCUUUUAAAAAAUGUUUCGCUAUUUAAUUUGUAUAAUUUCCCCCCAAUGUAUUCCAAUUGUAUUAUCUGCAUCAUGUCAUGGAAGAAUGACUCAAGAGGGAAAUCUCACAGAGCAGUGCGCACUGCGUAUCGAGUCAGCCCCACUCCAACCUUUCUCGGAGUGAAGCUGGACCAUAUGCUAACCUUCCACGACCACCUGAAAAAUGUAGCCGCCGAGACGAAAACAAGGCUAAACCUGGUCCAGAAACUGGCAAGCACAAGCUGGGCAGCAUCAGCACCAGCACUAUAGACAUCAACGAUGUCCCGUGUGUACCCUGUAGCCGAGUACUGUGCACCAGUGUGGACCAGAAGUAGUUCCGCUAGACUUGUUGAUGUCCAACUGAACACUGCAAUGCGGCCUGUCACUGGAGCUCUCAAGUCGAACCCAACACCAUGGCUGCCCGUGCUGUCACACGUCUCUCCCCCAGCCAUCUGCCGUGAUGCUGAAAGCCUCCGGGAAGUCUUGCAAAUUGAGGAAAACAGUCGCCUUCCCAUUCAUCAGGACCUCACUAACGUCCCUCGUCCAUCACUUGAAGUCAGACAAGGUCUUUUGGACCCAUGCCCUUAACCUGAAACAAUACGAAUUCAUAUCCUGACGAAGCUUGGAAAGCUGAAUGGGGUUCGGAAGAACUCACAGACACCUUGUGAAAGACCCAACGCAGAAUAUCACUGGUUUUGAACUUCCACAAAGCUCACAUGUCCACCCGAAACCGCAUUCGCACAAAUCGUGGCAGAUGCGGAUACCUAAUGCACGAAUGGAAAAUUUAAAGCUCUCCAGUGUGUGCCUGUUGCCAUCCAGAACAGACCAUACAACAUAUUACGAUGCAAUUCCAAAUCCACAAAUAUGAAGGAGACAUAAAAGUCAUACACUCCACUGCUCCUGACGAGGUUACCUAGCUUUACCACCUGAAUGUUGCUAUGCAUCUAUAUCGGCCAUAAAAAAGAAGAAAAUAUGUUUUCACAGCAGGGGUAUACAUUUUCCAUACACCCUGCUAUGAGAUUACCAUACGACAAUCAAAACGAUAUUAUUUUUCAUUCACAGCUCAAAUUUAGGUAAAUUGCUGAUUUUUUUACAUCAAUAUUUUUGGUGCAGUCAUUGGUGACCAGAUUAUCAACUUGCUCUGCAGUACUUGUCGGUGGUAGACCAAAGCGGCUGCCUCACUGUGUUUAUUGUUGUUAAGUUGAAAUAACAGCGUCCUAGCCACUAUACAGGUAAACAAGGGGAUGUUCUCACAUGGUUCAGGAUGCAUAUUGUUGGUGGCUGAACAACAACGAAGAGCAACAUUGCUGGGACAAUGUCGUGAUGCUGCGUUGCCACUGGUGCACAAACACAAUAAAUACUUUUUAAAAACUCAAAACACUCAACAGCACGGCCUAAUAAUACAAAAAUAUAAUCGCGACGUCUUGGGCAUCGGCCCUUCUUCAUACGCCAGAGAUAUGGUGGAUAAUAAGGGCUGGAGACUACACAAUAUUUGGAGAUUGUUGUGUCCAUAGUUAUUUUAGUGUACCUUUAAAUUUUUGGCAGCUUAUAAGAUUUUGUGAAUUUAAAUUCAUACCCAGGUUGUACAGUAUAUUGUUUAAAAAUUUAGCGUAAGAUUUUCUGAAAAGUUAUUUUGUUACCGAUUCUAACAAUUAUUGACUAAAGUUUGCCUAAAUAAAAAAAUGCAUGCAAA